AAGCAACACUGCAUAAUUUUACAAAGUGGACGGCGUAGGAACGUAGCUAAUAAAUCGGUGUCUCCAAGGAAAUAGUAUUGAUGUUUUAGGAAAUUUAAGAAAUGUUGCAGGAUGGGCGAUGUAUUCGAUUUCUAAUACCUGGAGACACGUCGAUUGUGGAUACCAUUGUAGAAUAAAACAAUGGUAAAGAAUCGGAGUCAAACUCGUACAUCAGGUGGCCAUGGAUCUUAAAGAAUUAGGUACGAAAUCGCCUGUGAGUACGAGCAUUAGCGAUGGCGGCACUAAAUUUGCCCUCAACAGCCCAACGAUACAAUCGAGCAGAAAUAAAUCCUUCGAUGUGGGCUCGAACACAUUGGGCAAAGUGGACGCGACGGCCUCGCGCCCCUGCGCCAUCAUAGGCCCGGACAGAGUGCUGCCCAAUCCUGACGAUACUAUGUAUACGAAGAAGGUACCAGGCGAAGGGUGGCCACCUGAAAGCAUUUAUCGUCGUCCACCUGAAUAUCCUAGCAAAAUAUCGGACUGUCAACCUACCAGAAACAUAUCGCCGAGACAAACAUUCCAAGAAAAUAUGCAGCGGAUAAUGGUUCCACCUACGUUCAGUUCUAUAAAAAGUGGUGAUGAGACGAGCUUGAAAAAUACUAAACAUAAUAUGCCUCAAGAGGCUAAGUACUGUGAAGUGCCUUAUAAUGUGAAUACUGUGAACAGUGAACACAAAAGUGUUAGAAAUUCUGACAUUCCAAUGUCAAAUGUGAAUCCUUAUGCAAGAAACAUGCCUCCACCAUAUGGAUGGCCUGCGGGUGUUAAUGUGCGGCCUCUGAGGCCAUAUGGUGCUCCAGAGUUUUACCAUUACCAAGAAUAUCCCAGUUGUGCGGGUCCCCGACCAAUGACUAUGAUACGUCCACACAGGUCUUUGCAUGAAGAAAGUGCUCAAGUUUAUUCUGAGCGCUUAUAUCAGGAUGCUAACAUUCGGUUCAAACCUUAUCCUACAGGGAAAGAAAAGCACCAGCAAUCAAGGUAUGACUAUGUUAAUAAUUACCCUAGUACAUUCCAUUCACCUUCUACAAUCCCACCUCAUAAAUAUGACAUGACUCAAAAACCAAUACACGGACAUCCAUAUCCAGUAUACCCUCCUCCACACCCAUUUAAAUAUUUAGACAGAAGGAUACAUGACCCUUUUGCUGAUGGAUAUCACAGAAGCCACAAUCAACAAGUUAAUUUUAAUGCAUUCCAUAAUCAAAUUGUGCCUCCUCCAUAUGGUCCUAUACCAGGGACCAGGGACCAUUGCAUGCAGAACAAGUCAUAUUCAGAACACUUGUCUAAACCUAUAAAUGCUAAUAAAAUUCAAUUUGAAAACAAUAAUAAAGUUUAUCUUAAUCUUGAACCAAGAAACAAAAAUUACCCUAUACCAGAAAAUCUUUACUACAAUGAAAUGAAUCAUCAAUCUAUGAGGGGUGAAGUUUUGUUGCCUAACCACUCUACUUUACCUAUUCAUCCACGAUCUCAGCACUCAAUUUACAGAAAAGACAAUAUUCCUGUAAAAUCUUAUGAUUAUAACCCUAACUAUAGAGGUCUUGAUCAUGUAAAUCAUUCAUUGCAAAGGAUACCUUUGCAUUUUUCACCAAACACUAUAUCUCCAUCUGACUCCAAUACAAGCAAUGAUACUGCACACACUAUUGGAACAUCUCAUGAAGAUUGUGGAUAUGUAAGUCAAUCGUCCACAACAAGCAUUAGAAGUAUAGAUUCUGGUAACAUACCACAUGAUAUUUAUCGAAGACCCAGUUAUAAUAACUAUGACAUGUUUCAAAACACAUUUCAUUCAAAUGGUCCCAUACAAACUCCUAAAAGUAAAAAUAGUUCUUCAAAUAAGAAAAAUCUUAAUGUCAGACAGUUCUUACAAAUGUGGAAUGAAGGGGAUGAAGAAGUAAGUGAUGGUAGUAAAGAGAUUGCAGUUCAAAAUCAUGUGAAAAAGCUUUCUCAAAAUGAAAUUACCAAUCAGGAACAACUUUAUGUACUUGGAUUAGUCAAUGUCCCUAAUGAAGAACUGGGUAAAUAUGACCACAUUCAAAAAAUAUCCAAAUUACCAGAAAAUAUAAAAGGCUAUAAUAACUUGGAAAUACUAAAUCAAUAUGAAGAACUUUUAGAAACACCACAUAUCAAUAAUUACAAUAAAUCAAGAAAUUAUAAUAAUUCUCUUUCAAAAAGCUUGAUGGAUAAAGAACUUACAACAAAUUUGCCUCGUCCAGUAUCACCGUUAGAUGUGGAAGCGAAAAUAAGUCAGUCAGUUAUUCAUAAAGAAGUAGGGUGUAAUUUUGAAAUAAAACCAUGCAGUCCGAAAAUGUUGAAUGUAGAAAUUGCUGCACCGGUACAAAAUUUACUUGGUGAGAGAAUAAUUGAAAAAGUAAUUAAUCCAAUUGGGACCAAGACACCUAAUUUGACUAGAAGUAACAAUAACAAAUUACAAAAUGUAGUGAAUGAUGUAGCAAGUUGUAAAAUGAUAAGUGACCAAUAUUCAAUGAAAAGUUUACCAAACACACUAAAUCCUAGCAGCUAUGCUGUACAAGAUAUGGAAAGUAAUACUGGUUUAUGUUUAUCAUCUUUACCACAACUUGACAAUGAUAUUGAACUUAAUUUUCCAGAAAUAAAUCAACAAUUUAUUAAAGCAAACCAAAUGGAGACUAAUAAUAUACCAGGUGUACCAAAUAUUUUGCAUACAGAAAUUAAAGAUGAUUCUCGACAAAGUAACUUAUCGCCUCACUUGAGUUUAUGUUCUGUGGGAGAUAAAGAGUCAUCCAAAUUAAGUAAGUUCAGAAAAUGUAAAAAGGCUGAGGUUUCUACCUUGCCUAAAAUAUCACAACAAAGUACAGUAAAAUCAAGUGAACCUAUAGCAGCAUUACAAAGAAUAGAUAGUGUUAUAAUAAAAAAUCCUGAUACUGUUAAAUCUCAGUAUAAUGACUGUGUUAAAAUAAGUUCUGGACAAGCUGACGAAAUUCAAACAGAAUCCAAACAAUGUUUUAAGCAAUAUGAAAGAUAUUUCGAUUCUUGUGAUUUGUCUUCUGAAACAGCUAUUGAUUUUAGUUUAAACAGAUCUGAAGAUGAAACAGCGGUAGUAUAUUUAAAUUCGAUUAACAAGAACACUAAUCAAAUCUUACCACCUCUCGAAGCAUUUGAUGAAGAAACAUUUAAUAAAAAAAAUAAUGUGUUGAUUGCUACUGACACUACUGAAAUACAGAAUAGAUCAGAAAACCAUAAAAUAGUAUCUCCUAAGGAAGUGAUCAAUGAACUUCAAGGUGAACAUUUAGAUAUUAAAAUAACUAAAGAGUGUGGAGAUAAAAAGCAAAAUAAAAGCCAAGAAAUUGAGAAAAACAAAUAUGGUUUAUUAAAAUCGCCAGGAAAGUCGCCCAACGUUGAUGAAAAUCAAGAAUUUAAUGUAUUAGUAAUGAAGAAUUUAGGUGAUUCCGAAAUAUCUGCUAAAUGUCUUACUAGUACUGGAAGUACAACAAAUGUAGAAUCUCCUGUCGUUGAUAUAGCUAUUCUGAAUAGUUUAAAUAAGAAAUCGAGCAAAGAUAUUUCGUUUUUAAAUCCGACAGAUAUAGUAGUAUCAAAAUAUACAACGGACGUUGAAAAAGUUGUACCUGAAAGCAAUGAAGAAAACCAAAAAGGAGUUGAAGUACAAGAUUCAAAAGAAUUUGUUAAAGAUGAUAAAGAACAACAAAAUUAUGAAGAGAGUUCGAUAGACAUAGACAAUAAAAUGGAUUCCAAUGUGAUUUCAGAUAUUUCGAUUGAUGUGAAAACUGAAAAUACUUAUAAUUUUGAAAAUAGUGAUAAGGAGAAUGUAGCAAAGAAACAGAUUUCAGGCGAAAUGCUCGAGAAUUCAUUUACUCAAGAUUAUGACGAUUUAAAUAACAUAAUUAACAAGGCUGUAAGUGACACUGAAGAUUUUAUAGUCCCUGAUGAUUCGCAAAAAAAUAAAGAAGAUGCAGAUAAUAAAUCAGAUGUUUCGCCUGUUAGAUCUCAUUCCGGUAAUAUAAAGGAUGUCGAUUAUCGUGAAGUAGAUAAUUUAGCUACCAGUGAGCCUAACGCAAAAAAUAUAGUUUAUGUAAAUAAAGAAAAAUUGUCUGAAGUCAAAUGUAAUGAAGAUGUUAUAACGACAUCUGAUAUAAUGUGUAGUACAUCGGAAAGAAUUUCCUCUAUUGAAACUGAAACAAAUCUGACUGCCUUGGCAGUUGAAAUAUCAGAAUACACGCUGCAAAGUAAAACGAAAACGGAAAUGGCAGCAGAUUUAUCAGAUAAAAAUAUUAGAAAAUGUAAUGUAGAUGAUUCAAUUAUAACAUUUUCAGAAACUCUAGAAAUUGCACACAGUGACUGUGCAUCAAAGCUAAAUGUGUGUGACUUCGAAUGUUUGUCUAAAGAAUAUGACAUUAAAACAUGUGAUCUUAAAAAUGAAACAAGUAAUGUACAAAACAAAUCAGAAAGUAUAAUAAGUUCCACAGUUGAACCAAUAAAAUGUGGGGAAAUAAUAGAUACACUAUCAACUGCAAAACUACAAGAAAAAAAUGAUAAAAGCAAUAUUAUGUGUAUGGAUGCAUCAGAGUCUUCAUCUGCUAAAGCUGAUACAGUUGAUGUGCUUUGCUCAUUUGUUAAUAAGACGUUGCCUGAAACUCCAAAUGCUAAAAUUACUAAAUGUAAAAGCGAAAUGGAAAUAGAAGAACAUAAUAUAGAAUAUGAAACAAAUGUGAUCAAAUCAAAUUGUUUAACUAAUAAAUCUUGCUUAGAAGAUAAUUCUACUAAAGAAAUUUGUUUAUUUACAAAGAAUAUAAUCUGUCCUGAAAACAUUGCUGUUAAAAAUGCAGACACUGAAUAUGAAACAGAAAUGAAUAUAGCCGAUUCUGGAAAAAUGUCUCAUGAAACUAACGAUUUAUUUCCUGUUGAACGAGAUGAAGGUUCAUAUUUAAUUUCAAAUGAUAAAAUUAUUAGCGAAAAAUCAAUUGACAACAUUAUAGAGAAUGAUAAUGAAAUAAAGAUAAAUGAUAAAUCAAAUGUGAUUAAGUCAAAUUGUUUAACUAAUAAAUCUUGUAUACAGGCCGGUUAUGUAACUAAUGUGGGUAUAACGGAAUGUGUGUCAAAUCCUAUUACUAAAAUAGAAGAAUCAAUAUUAACAAUUACUACUAAAACAAGUCUAGAAAAUUCUACUGUUAAACCUGUAGAAUAUGCUGAAAUAACAGAUAGGAAAGAUAAUGAUCUCAAUAUAGUAUCAGAACUGGACAUCACAGACAUUGAUUAUUGUUCAAAUGUUCAUCUCGAACAGAAUAGCUGUACUUCAUUUGAAGGUGAAACAUAUGAAUCAUUACGCGAGACUCAACAAAACCAUGUAAUUAAAAAAGACCAAGUGUAUUGCCAUAAAGAACUUUUUUCACCAUGGAUUCAGAAACUUAUAAUGUUUACUGAAGGAGACUGCAUCUUAGAUAGAAGUAAGAAUUUUAGCCAAGAAAACAACAAUGUUUCUUUUGUUGAUACAACCGUUUUGUCGAAAAAUGAUAAUCUGUUACUUUCAUGGGAUAAUGAGGACAAUUACGAAAUGUGUGAUAAGGAAUCCAACUUGAUUUAUUUGCAUGACAUACCUGUUUCAAAUUGUACUUUACAAAGUGAACAAAGCAAUAGUCAUGUUAUUCAACUAGAUAAUAACAGGGUAAACAGGAAUCAUGAAACUAAAACUGAAAAUAGGAGACUUACACCUGUUGCAAAUAACAAUAGCUACAUUAUUAAACCACGAAAGAUAUCUAAAAGAUCUUUAUCAGAAUCUGCUAUAGAAGCAUUUCAAUACAAUGACGAUGAAAAUUAUGUGCAUCCUUGCAAGCGGAAGAAAGGUAUAAAUGGAAACCAAAGCUUCUUGGAGCCCCAAAGAAUAACUGAAGACAUUUGCAAUAUAAUACAAACUAACAGACGGAAUUCCAUAGCUACAUUUUAUAAUGAAGAUAAUGUGUAUAUUGUAAUUGAUAAUGAUUUAAUUUUGGCUGAGGAAAAUGAAGAUUCAGACAAAUUAUGCUAUACUGAAGGUACUGAAGAGUAUCUGACAAGCUUAGAGGCAUCAAAUGAAAUAAAUCUUAAUUUAGAAACUGAUUUAUUCACAGAUGAACCAAACCAAAUUAGUGAAGAACCAGAUUCUGUACCACAUAUUCAGGAAAAGUGUUUUGAGGAUUCUUGGGUGGACGAUGUUGCCUGCAUUGAGACAGUGUUUAGUGAAGAUGUUGCAGAAAAUAUUGUUAUAGAUCUACCAGCAUCGCCAAAACAAGCGGAUUCGCUAGAUUCCGAUAUUGAAGAUGAAGAAUCCGCGAUACUCUGUGAUAACGAUCACAUAGAUAAAAUUAAAAGCAUUUACGGCCGUAAUAUGUGUAACGAUAAUACCCAAUUGAUUGAAACUUUGUAUAGGACACCACAGAUGGAUGUUAAUAAAACACUGUAUCACAUUGAAUCAAAAGAUUGUCUUGAUGAAAUUAUUGAAAGUUGUUUACAGUCCACUGAAAUUGCAAAAUCAGAGAGUUCUAGCAUUUUAAAAUCUAACAUUUCGUCUAGUAAAGUAGUUGAUAAUAAAGAAAGAUUGUUAGAAAAUGUGCCUUGUAACUAUAAUAUAUAUAAGCAAAACCUUUAUUCAGACUUGGCUACAGAGGAAGAAAACAUAUUAACUAAAGAAAGUAUUCAAGACAUUUAUUCCAAUAAUGAUUUCAAGUUAAAAUGUUUUCCUACUAAAGAACUAAGCGAUAGAUCUACAAUUCAUUCAAAUGAAUCUAGUAAUGAUUAUAUAACAAUGAAUAAUCAAAAGGAAAAUUCAAGAUAUUCUUGUUCUAGUUCACCUGAAGUGUCCUCCACCACUUCAGAAGAAAAUAAUUCUAGUAUUUUGUUAAAAAUAACUAACUGUAAUGGUUCAAGAGUUUCCCAGAUAAAUGAAAUCACUACUGAUUCGCAAAAUAAAGUAAGUUAUAAGUUGACUGAGAAAGGGGAAUAUCGUAGUUUUAAUUCUUCUCGAAAAUUGAUGACUAAAGCAGCUCAAAAAUACAUUCCACCCUUAAAAGAAACCAUUUAUGAUCUCAAAAUCAAAUUGCCUUUACCUCAGCAUCGUCUUCAUACGUUAAAACAACUGAAGAUAGCAAAAGUUGAACAAAAAGUUGAUGUUCCUUCUAAUGUCUGUACUGUUAAAAGACUAAACUACGACAUAUCAAAAAAACCAAAGCCCAAAUUUGAAGAUGUCCUUAAAAGUAUUGAUGAAAUAAAUUUUAAAAGGCAUAAAGAUAAUGUAAAAAAAGGAAAAAUUGCAAUACCUAAAGUUAUUAUAAAGAAAAACGAAGAUGGGGCUCAUUAUGCCAGUAGCAAAACCCUUCAUAGAAAAGAAACGUACAACCCAGAUUUAACUGGUCGAAAAUGGCAACCUUGGGUUUUUCUAGAAAAAAAUAAUUUUGUUGAUAGGAUGGCUCUUCAAAACAAAGUUAAAGCUGUGUUUUGCCACAGAAAGAACAGCUAUGUUCUAUUAGAGAAAUUCCGAAAAUAUAAAUCAAUUUAUAAUGCUAACUUUAUUAUAACCCAACCGAAAUCUGAUACAAAAGGAAAUUUAAAAUAUACCAUCAGACUAAAACCUAUUCAUUAGGUUUGUAUUUAUAUUAUUAUAUUCACAGAACUUUUUAUUUUUUCAUUUAUGGACUUACUAACAUAAUAUAUAGUUAGAAUGUUCCUAUGUGUUAUCCCACCACAAAAUGGUCUCAUCCUAUGUCUAUUGCAUUCCUUCAUGUCAGUCUAUAAUUUAAUAUAAAACAUAAUACUAAAUUAUAGACUGUCACUCAGUCUAUUGUAGGGUUAAAUUGUGUACAGAUUUUUGAGUGGACCUUAACUGUACAGUCUAACCCAUUAAAUAAAUUGCUUCUAGAUAGUUACCUAAUUAAGUUCACUAUUAACACUAUAUGUAUUUGUAUAUUAGAUAUUAACUGAACCAAAAUGAAUACAAAGUGUGAUGAAAAGAAAUCAAAGAAAUAUAUUUAAAGUAAGAUGCACUGUCCAUAGAAUUUAUUAUUAUUUAUUUUAAAGUAAUUUGUUAAGAUCUGUAUUUUUGUUAUUUUAUCUAUAACAAUUUUAUUAUUGUUAUCAUUCCAUUAUGAAGUUUAGAAAUAAACAAAUUAUUUUGAAUUUUUUUUAAUUAUGUUUGAAUUACAUUUUAUAUUAAAUAUUAAUUAACUAUAAGUAAACAUAUAAUAUAAAAAUGUUUUUACCAUGCUCCGAUAGCCAUACUGAGUAUUAUUUAUUGUAUAUUAAGAAAUACAUCAAAUAUAAAUAAAACUAUAAAAUAUGUAAAUAAACUAGAUGCUGUAAAUGAUUCUAUACCAUACGGUAAGUCACUUAGAUAUUUGUGUGGACACCUGAAUUUUGUUUUAUUAUAUUUUUGGAAAUGAUCCAGGCCAAUUAUAUUAUUGGCAUAUGCAAUAUUUAUAAUUUAAAUAAGUAAUAUAUUAUCGUAAUUUAAUGAUACUAUGACGUCACAGCAUGUGAUUGUCGCAAUUGCUCACCUAAUAUUAAGCUCUUCAAAUAGUUAAAUUGUUUGAGAUGGUAGGUAAAAAAAACGUAAUUUAUUAAAGUACAAAAUAUAGGUAUCAUUUAUAUGUAUUUUCGUACUGAUCACGUAGGCGUUCCACAGACGUGGAUAUUUUUUAACUUGAAAAAUUUUCCAUUUGCUAAUACAUUAUUAUAAUUAGCCAUACACACGCCAAAAAUAUUAUUUUAUUCUUAUUCUUCAUUAAAAUAUCUAAUGCAAAAAAAAAAACUCUCUUUUGGACUUGAUGAAUCUUUUAUUACUUUCAUAUUAUAUAAUACAUAGUUUAGUUUAGCGAAUAUACCACUAAAGACACUGGAAACUAGGCUGCAAUCCUAAAUUAUUUUCCAUAAAAACAGUGUAACAGUAUACCAUACCUACUUACCUAAAAUUGCGGCUUCUCAAAAGUUGGCUUUAACUAGUCGUGUUAUCGUCCAAACGUUGAGUGCGUCCAGUUGCUGUUACUGGACACAGCAGAUUUAAAAUGUCUACGUUUGUGCUAGGCCUUAGUGUCUUUGUGUGGCAUCGUCUAAUAUAAUUUUUUGCGAUGUUCGCUUGACUUCUGUGCCACAGCUUAGCGGCUAUACACGUAUCGUAUUUUACAUCCAAAACCAAUACUCACCAAAAUAUAGCAUUACAUGUAGCUAUAUUUAAGAAACUUUAUUUUAUCUUAAUGUCUUAGACUUGUGUUUUAUCAACUUAUCUGAUUAUUGUUGUGAGAUGGCAAUCAUUGUGGUUAGAUUAAAGUAUGAACUGGUAACGAAAUUCUGUAAAAUCUUUACCUAAGUAAUAAGAAAUACAAAAGAAUAAGGAAAAUGAAUAUCUACAAAGGUUUUUAUUGACAUAACAAAAAAACUAAAAUACACCAAGUGCCUCUGCUUUAAUUGAAACUUUGAAACCUAGGUAUACAUGAAACCUAUUAGAAUUAUAUUUAUAAUAAAUAAUAUUAUUAUUGCAAUAUUUUGCAAAUCACUAUUCCCUAAAAUUAAGGACAAAGCAGUCUCUCACUUUUGCUGACAUUAGACAUUCCGAUCAAUCUACAUUUUAAAGACUUUAGGAAAAAUUUAAUUACAUUAUUCACCUUGAUAAUUUCUUGACAGAAAUACCGUAAAAUUCCAUUCACCGCUCAGCAAAAAUGUUUUGCUGAUCUCUUGCGAUAUUGCAAUAAGAUUUUAAAAAAUAAAUGUAUGAUGUAGACUGUGAAUAUUCGCUUAAUGCAAACGUGCCUGUGUCUUUGUGAGCUUGUUUUAAUAUUAUAACCCAUACUAAGAUGGUAACAAAAUAUUAUUUGAUAAACUAUACUUAGCAUUGUCUAGUUUGUAGUCAAAUAUCGCCAUCAGUACGACUAAAAAGCGAGUCCUUAAAAAUCAAAUGUUGGUAUAGUCGGAUGCAAUGUUUAUGACAUUCAUAUGACAACUUCAUACUUAUAUUAAAGACGCGGGUGGCGCGCGUCCCUACGUUUCCGCUGAUAUCUAAAAUUGCGCAGUAUAACGCACGGAGUUCGGAAACGUCAAAAAGAUUGCAUACAAUUAUAGCUCUGUUGUAGGUACAACUUAAAUUGACAACUGGCUACCAAAACAAACAGUAGAAACAUCAUUCGAACCAGGUGUCAAGUUAAUCCGCACGAGCUGUACAGAUACGUCGUUUAAAUCAUGUAUAAUAUUAAUAUUGCUAUUGUCCUUAAAAUAGUAUAUUGUGAUUACAGCGUUAUUUAUAGACGUAUUUUACAGUAUAUACAGCAAAAUUAGCGUCACUAUAAAGAAUCCAGCCUAUACCUUAACCAAAUAAAGCUAUUGUUUUUAUUCAAGUACUAAUAAACAUAAAUGUGGAUAGUAUUUUGAUAUAAAAAUAGCACUCGCCUUUUUUUCAGAAUUGGCGUUUUUGUGCCUCAACAGUUUGUUUAAAAGAAAUUUACUAUUUUUAUAUCGUAUACAGGGUGUUAAAAAAAUAUAUACCAAAAAUGUGCUUUUACGUGCAAGUGUUGCCUUCUAUAUGAGUAAUAAAUGUUAGCUUGUAAGUGUAUUUUGUAUGUGUUGUAUGUUGAAUGAAUAACUAGGACUGUUUAAUUUUAUUAUACCUAGUUUUAUAUUAAAUAUCACUAUUCCUUAAGGUGGGUAUACUAUUAUUAAGAUAAAUUAAAUUUGACUAAGUAAAUGUACAAAGAUUAAUGAUCCUGUCUUGCUUAUUUCAGCCUAAAUGAUUUUAACUUUCAGUACUGCGUGAAAAUACGUGAAAAUGUUUUGAGGCUGAGCUAUACAAGAUUAAUAAGUCGAUAAGAAGUUUUGUUUCUUGUUGCUGAUUAUUAUGAGUUUCUCUUUGAUUUCUUUGUACGUUUGUUAUGCACUGUGGAGUGGAUUGUUGAGUUUCUCGCACUUGUUGGAUAUUGUUAUUGUAUAAAUAUUUUACUGUGGUUACAUGAAAAAAAAAUCUUAUUUAAUAGAGGGUUACGGAUAUAGUUUAAUUAAUAUAUUUGGAUAGUUUUCGUUUUGUCGUUUAAUUGUUAAGCAUAUUUUAUUAUGCCAGUAACGCACGUGAUAGUUUUUCAUGAUAGACGUAAUUAAUAUUAAACCACGUUCGCUCUAAAUAUAAUAUAUACAUAUUGAAAAAAUAAAACAUUGUUAUAAUAUGUUUAAGAAAUGCAGUGCGAGGAUUAUAAUAUGUAUAUGAUUUGAUGGGAAUUAUUGUUUUCGAGUGAUACCUAGUUUUCAAAAAAAAAAUGUUUUAAAAUUGACCAAAUAAAUGUGUUCUAAAUGAAAAUGCAA